AUGUCGCAGCAUCGCAGAGGGGCCGACUCACAUCCAGACGAACCUCCAGAAAAACGAAGGACGCUUCAGAUCAAGCUAGGCAGACCACGUCCACAGACCGACCUUCAGCAGCCGGAACAGGCAUCUCCGUCGCUCAACCGUGCAAUCCGCAUCUCGCUCAAAAGGAAACCUUCGAUACCAGAAUCGCAUGCGACUCGACCUCGCUUUGCAGCUGCAGUUGCCUACCAAGACGAUGAAGGUGACAAUAAUGACAAAGGCGACGAUGAUGAGGAGCAGCAAGUAAACACCGGUGCAACUUCAGAUCAGGAAGACGAGCAUGACGAGGACGGCCAUGAUGAUCAAGAGGACGAAGAGGACGAGGGCAAAGAUGGCGAGGAGGGUGACGAGGACGACGCAGACGGUGACCGUGACGGCACCGAUGGAAAACAAGACGUUGGAACCGGAGAAGGCGAUGGGGGGCUAGACAACAAUGCUACUGAUGCCAACGGCGGAGCAACGAGCCCACGUGUGCGCGGCAAGAAUGGUGCUUUUAGAAGGACGAGUGGGAGCAGCUCAAAUCCCUCUCGUCGACCCAUCAAGCGCCUCCGUUCCAAAGGUCUUUACGAAGCACUUCCAAAACUCAUCGAAAACCUUCAACGUCGUGAUAGCUACAAGUUCUUCUGCGAACCUGUCAACCCAGACAAUGUGCCCGGCUACACCGACGUCAUCAAGACGCCUAUGGACUUUGGCACCAUGCAGCGCAAAGUGGAUGACCGCUUGUACAGCCACAUGGACGAGUUCAGGGUCGAUUUCCAGCUUGUCAUCUUGAACGCCCAGACAUUCAAUCCAGAAGGCACGCUUUACUACAACGAAGCCAAGCGAAUCGGUACUUGGGGCAACAGGGCCAUCGAGCGAGAAGGGAUGGCAGUCAACGACAACGGUCGUGCAGGUGUCAAGGGCGACGAGAUCAGGCGUCAGAAGAGACUGGCGAGAGAUGCUGUAGCCUCGUCUUCCGCCGCAGUCAUGAGUCCGGAUACGCCCGCUGGCGAAACCUCUGGGCGCAGACAGCUGCGUGUCUCGACCCUUCAGCAACAACAGGCAUUGGACGAUGGCAGUCAGAUGAUCCAUGUAUCGACGCCCUCAGGCAUAGAUGGCGUGUCAGGCGACCUGUACACUCGCUCCGCGGCGCGAGGAUCACAUUUUGCCUUCAGUGCCGGUGUCGAGGCUAUCAUGGAAGCUGCUCGCGUCCCAUCGCAUGCACGACAAAGAGCUGCUGUUGCGCUUGGCCUUGUGGGCGGCACACUGACCCGCGAAGACUCUGUCCAACCAGGUUAUGGGGUCAAAGGCGAAGGAGAUGUUGAGAUGGAUCUAGAUGAUGAGGACGAUAUGGACGUGUCGGACGAGGAAGGUGGCCGUGCAAGUGUUGCCAGAGGAAGAGAGUCUCGUGAACGUUCCGUCACCGUGGAUGGACCGGCAGGCUCUAUCAGCCGUCGAUUUGGCUCAUCACAGCCCGGAGGCACUCCCUCUACACCCAUGGGCCAAAGACAGCCGAGUCCAGAUGCGCUGCGAAAACGUCUUGCAGCUGUGAGGGGUACACCGAUCCAAGCAUUAGCGAGUCCCAUCGGACCGAACGCGACUGCUGGAGGCACGAGUAGAGCGUCCAAGCAUGCUAAAGGAAAGCAGCGACUUGGUGCGCCCGGUACACCGAAGCGACUGUUGGCGCGAACAGGGAACAUUGGUCCGGCUACACCUCUCUCUGGCAUUGGUGCUUCAACUGGUGCUGUAACGGACCCUGCCGCUGCCGCCGCUGCAGCAGCAGCACAAGUGAUGGCCAAUGUCUCUCAAACGCAUUUGCAACCAGGCAUCGCAAACUACUCUUUUGAUGACGACGGCUCCAUCAACCCUGAAGACAUCGAUGAUUUGCAGACUUUCUUAACCCUUCAUCACAGUGACAGACAUGUUCUCAUGCCGACAAUCGAAUCACUUCAUCCGAUUCCUUUUAUCCCUAGCGACUAUGCUGGCAGCGGUGUUGGCGACAAGGACAAGGAUCAGGAUAAAGACAAGGACAAGUACGGCAAGGAGAAGGACAAGGAGAAAGCUAAGGACAAGGGAGCAGGCGCCGAUGAUGGCGAUGAUGAUGAUGAGGACGGAAAGGGCGAGGGAAGGGAGAAGGGCGAUAAGGAUCCGCUCUCGACUUUGCCCCCCGCACGACCAGGUGCGCCAGAUCCGCUGUACUCGGCGAUUGCACCUGAACCCGAGCCCUUCCAGUGCAAUUUCAGCCACGAUGUGGAUGCUCUUCCGCCGCAUUUCCGCAAUCUGCCUUUCUACACACCGAGUCUCCGCGCUGAGAUCAACAUGGCAAAGCCCACGGAAACUCAGAAGGACAGACAAGCCGAGGUGCCUUGUUCAUGGAGCAACCCAGCCUACAUAGAAGCGUUGAAGAAUGACAAGCGGCCGAAAAAGCAAAAGGACAAGGAAAGAGAAAGGGAACGCGAGACGCUGGAGGAUUGGAGUUACUUCCGACCGAUCCUGACGCGGUUGCUGGAGAUCACUGAUCUUGGGCCGUACAGCGCGCUUGUCCCAACGGCAAAGAUCAAUGCUCGAGACGCAGGUAUCACGAAGAGCAAAGCUGCUGAGCAAAUCGAGGCACCGAGCGGCACCGGACUUGCCACGACACUACUAGCUGAGGAUGGCAUCGAAGCCAUCAAGGUUGAGCUGAAGCGAAAAAGGCAAGGUCUAACCCUGCCAGAGCAGCUGCUCGAUCGAUACAUUCAAGCUGCUCGCAACGGCGAUGCAAAGGCUGGGAAGGAGCUCCUGACGGUCGAGCAGAGACAGGAUGCAUCUCGUAUCUUGUCAGACAUGGUGUAUGCUGGAGUAGUCGGCAAUGCUUACAUUCGCAGCGUUGGAGAAUUUGUUGGAGGUGCAAUGCAUCACGCUAUGCUGCUGGAUGGAGCGGACGACGAGGAAGAGCAUCAAGCUGCGGCGGCAGAGAGACAACUCUUGAUAGCCGCAGUACUGGGUCAAGCCAGGGAGGAGAUCGACAUCCCCGAGCCGACAGCUGCUUCUCGACGCGGACCGUUCAUGUGGCGUGACACGACCGAAGAGCCGGGUGGCGGUACAGGCACACCUUUGGUUGCUCCGAACGACGGCGAUCAGGAUCAGCAGCAGGGUAGGGCUUCAACUGCUCACACGACCGCUAUCGGCACACCAGCAGUCGCAGGAAUAGAAGAAGUCAAGCCGGCCAUCUCCGGGUUGUUGGAGGAACUUGAUGUGGUGGAAAAACAGCUAGCGCCACUGCCCAAGCCUCUAGCUCAGAUGGUUGAGGAAGAAAUCAUCCGACCUAUCACCGGCAACACGUUGGACGUUCUUCACCUUGUUGCAGUCUAUCUCAAGACACAAGGCUCUGAAGCGCUCGAUGUGGAAGAGGUCGAGGCAAGGCUGUUGAAGGAGCAGGCCACCCGCCACAAGGUUGAGGGACUCGACCCCUCGCUGCUUGCCGACAAUACCGGGAAGAAGUCAGAAGUGGCCGUAACGAUGACUCCACCGCCGCCAGCAGCAGCAGCAGCAGCACAAUCUCAAUCGCAAUCGCAAUCGCAACCGCAGCCUCAGGUAGACAUUCCGUUGCCGUUCACAGCGGAAACAGAAUGGUUGAAGGAUCAGCCCGAACUCACGCGACUUUUGGACGAGGCUCGUCAAGAUGUCGACAGUCUAGGUUCCAUUGUCAACUACAUCAUCCAAAGCGCCUGA